GUUGUUUUUGCUGAAGACAUAGAUGUUAGCAGAAAGACCAGAGUGUAUUUGGAAGAAAAGUUAUACAUAUUUAGGGAUUCAGAGAUAGUGGUGAUACAGUGAAGAUGAGGUACAAACCGGGAUUGAAACAGUCUGAAUCAAGUCAGUUCAAAUUUAGGAAUAUCAGUGUAUAUGCGGAGCCAAAGAAUGAGACUUUGGUAUUUCCUGAUUGCCAUAGAGAUGAAACAGACUUGAUGACACUUAAGUAUAUGGUGUAUAAGGGUUUGUCUAUGGAUGUUAAAGAGAAGUUUAAUUUAUAUUGGUUUAAGGAAGAAUGUCUGCCACUGCCAUUGUUAAACAAUGAUGAUUUUGAUAAUUUUUGGGAGGAUUCUUUUGUAAAUGAGGAUGGAUGUAUAUGUUUGUGGAUGGGGAUGAAAGACACAGUGUUUGGGACUCCAAAGACUACACCAAAGAAGAAGACAGUUAGUAAGGGAACCACCCCUAGAAGAUCCCCAAGGCUAAAUAGUGUGGAUAAAUCAGUUGAAGGUGCAUCAAGAAAGCUGAGUUUCAUGGAUGUGCCCAUUUAA